AUGGCAUCAUUGCUUAAGAAGAUUGCAGGGAGUAACCGCCCUAGUAAUAACAUAAACUUGCCCCCAAUGAAUUGCCACACUGUUGUCUUGGCCAAAGUUGUUAUCCUCCUCUUCAUUUCAUCGGUCCGUCCCUCGCAUCAGAGCGGCACAAUUUGGACAGACCAAUCUGCUCUACUGGAGCUCAAGAAGGGGAUCGUCUCUGAUCCUGGAAAUUCGCUGCGCGAUUGGAGUCAGCAGAACCAUGUCUGCGAGUGGUAUGGCAUCAAUUGUAGCACAAGUACUCCUCAGAGGGUGGAGAGAGUUAAUCUUAAAGGUAACUCCUUGGUAGGAACCAUCUCCCCCUUCUUGUCCAAUCUUUCGAAUCUCAUUCUGCUCGAAUUGUCUGAUAAUUCCCUCGGAGGAUCGGUUCCUGUGGAACUUGGAUUCUUGUCUCAGCUGAGGGUGCUUGCUCUGAAGCAAAAUGGCCUGCGAGGAAACGUCCCCGAGAGCUUUGGAAUGCUUGCAAAACUCGAAUUCAUUGAUCUCAGUGACAAUGAGCUCCAUGGCCGUCUUCCUGUCAUUCUCUUGUACAAUUGCACAAAGUUGCGGUAUGUGGACCUUUCGACGAACUUGUUCACCGGCCACAUUCCCUCACAGCUCGGGUACCAUCUUCCCCUGCUGACUAACCUUCUUUUGUAUUCGAACCAACUCAUCGGCGGCAUCCCUGAAUCUCUCACAAAUACAAGAUUACUGGAGGAGAUUGAUAUUGAGAACAACUCCUUCAGUGGGGUGUUGCCAUCAAAGAUCUUGAUGCAGAUGUCUUCUUUGAGGAGACUCCACCUCUCCUACAACAACUUCUCCGGGGACGACCGCAACUCCAAUCUUGUCCCCUUCUUUGAUGCCAUCUCAAACUUGACUCACCUGGAGGAGCUUGAACUGGCAAGUAACCUUCUGGGAGGUGAACUGCCUGCGAGUAUCGGUCUUCUAGGUGUCAAUCUCUCUGAGAUCGAUCUCGGGUACAAUCUAAUUCAAGGGACAAUCCCUCCAAACUUAUCAAAGCUUGUUAACUUGAAAUGGCUAGAUCUGUCGAACAAUCUUUUGCAUGGUUCGAUCCCAUCAGAACUACUGCUGCUGCCUAAUCUGCUGAGAGUCUGGCUGUCCGACAACUCCUUUUCUGGAGAAAUCCCUUCUCCACCCGCUCGAUGUCAGAUUGGCCUCCUCGACUUAUCAAAGAACAAUCUCUCAGGCCCAAUUCCAUCAGCUUUUGGAAAUCUAACUCAACUGCGGCAGCUCAAACUAAGUGAAAACCAGCUCAAUGGAACGAUACCUCUGAGCCUAGGAAGCACAAAGUUGGAGCUCUUGGACCUGUCCUACAACAGGCUAACAGGAGCUAUACCAGCUGAAGUUGCGAGCUUGAACUCCCUGCUCUUAUACUUCAAUCUGUCACACAACUUGUUAGAGGGGCAGCUGCCCACAGAGCUGGGACAGAUGAACAAGGUUGGUGAAAUCGAUCUGUCAACGAACAAAUUCAGUGGUGAGAUUCCUGAAAGCUUGGGAGGCUGUGUAGUAGUUGAGCUGCUGAACUUGUCACACAACAAUUUACAAGGACAAAUUCCUCAGUCAAUUGGAAAUCUGUUAAGCAUCAAAACACUGGACUUGUCUUUUAACCAUCUCUCAGGACCAAUUACGUACUCUCUUCAGCACUGCUCCAGCCUCACGAUACUGGACCUCUCCUUCAACAACUUCUCCGGAGCCCUGCCGGAAGGCGGAAUCUUCAACUUGUUGACGUCCGAUCGGAUAAAAGGGAACCAUUUCUGUGCCGUGCUGCCUGGACAUGGAAUUCCCAGUUGCCAUAGCAAGAGGACGAGCUUGAUGCAUUCUCGCAGGGGGCUGAUAUUGCUCGUCGGUAUUGUGAGUGUAUCAGCUUUCUUGGCUACAGUCAUAUGCGGAACAGUUUACAUGAUCAUGAGAAAAAGGAGCAGCAAAAGACACAAAGGAGAUGAUGCGAGCAAGAAUCUUUCCAUGAGUAUUACCUCGGGCUUCCCGAGAAUCACUUACAGAGAGCUCGUGGAGGCGACAGAGGGGUUCGAGAAGAGCAGAUUGGUAGGAUCCGGCAGCUUCGGAAAAGUCUACAGAGGAGUGCUUGGCGACGGCACGGCGGUGGCGAUCAAAGUCCUACAGCUGCAAUCCGGCAACUCCACUAGGAGCUUCAAGAGGGAAUGCGAGGUCCUGAAGAACAUCCGGCACAGGAACCUGAUGAGGAUCAUCACGGCGUGUAGCCUCCCGGAUUUCAAGGCCUUGGUGCUCCCGUUCAUGGCGAACGGGAGCCUGGAGAGCCAUCUCUACCCGAAGGGGGAGCCGAGCUCGCGGCUGAGCUUGGCGGAGCGGGUCAACAUCUGCAGCGACGUCGCCGAGGGACUGGCCUAUCUGCAUCACCAUUCGCCGGCCAUGGUCGUGCAUUGUGAUCUCAAGCCCAGUAAUAUUCUCCUCAACGACGACAUGACCGCGUUGGUGUCAGACUUUGGGAUCGCGAAGCUGGUGAUGACGGUGGAAGGGAGCGCGGAGACGGCAGCGGCGACGGCCAACUCAACCGCCAACAUUCUCUGUGGAUCGAUUGGAUACGUCGCUCCAGAGUAUGGCUAUGGUAGAAGCGCAUCGACCAAGGGCGACGUCUACAGCUUCGGGAUUCUCGUGCUAGAGAUGGUGACCGGAAAGAGGCCCACCGACGACAUGUUCGGUGAAGGAGUGAGCUUGCAGAGGUGGGUGAGGAAGGAAUACCGUAGAAAGAUGGAGACGGUGGUGGAUGCGCCGUUGACGAGGGAGGUGAGCGAUCAGAGCCUGGAGGUGAGGAAGAUGUGGGAGACCGCGCUCGUGGAGCUGCUCGAGCUAGGGCUAGUCUGCGCCCUCGAGAACCCGGAUAAUCGGCCGGCAAUGCUCGGCGCGGCCGACGAUUUGGAUCGUCUCAAGAAGUAUCUCGCCGGCGACGCCACCGCGACGUUCACAUCCAGCAUCGGGCUGUCGUCCGCCAGCGUCGGAGCCUCGUCGUCGGAUUACUGACCGCUCCCUGCAUGUUUCAAAAUGGACAAAACACCCUUGCACGAAAAAUAUGGGCUUAAAGUUCACAGUAUGCUGCUCCAGUUAUCGAUACCUACUAAACAACACAGGCAGGCAAAAGGACUCGUGAAGGGUUACAUCAUAGGCAUAGCGAAUGAAGAGCAAUUAGAGAAUGGACUAGGACGUACAUAAACAAGCCAAGAAAAGGGUACGAAGAAAUGCAGCAAGUGACGUGACCUUGAACGAUAUAAUAAUACCUGAUAAGAUGCGUCUUUAGCACCAGUUUUCCCGCUUCACUGCAAUUGUUGCUGCUCGCGAGUAAUGUCUUAUUCCUUUUAAUAUCAGCAAACUGAAAAUGCAUA